AUGGGAGAUAGCUUUGAAGCCCGCGGCGAUGCCGAGCACCAUCUCAUAGAAGAGCUAUGCACAUCUUCCACUCUGGCAUCGUUCUACAACCUGCUCCACGAUGGAGAGAACGCCGACAUCACUAUCGUCUGUGGAAAUCGCGAAUUCAAGGCACAUCGCGCAGUCGUAUGUGCGCAGUCUUUGUGGUUUAAUGUGGCAUUUACCGCUCCAGCCAAGAAGCGCAUCAUCAGAAAGACUGAACUCAAAGGAGUCGACCCUGAUGUGUUUCAGCGAUUCCUCGAGUUUCUUUACACGGGCACAUACACGGUCGAAGGCGACACAUCUCGAUUCCUCACCACGCCUAGCAUUGUAGCAGACAUCGAGUCGCUGUUGAAAGAUUAUCCGGGAUGGCACAAGGCUUCCAGCGAAGCGACUGCUCCCGACUCGCCCAAGCGCCCUGUCAGACGAUCAAGUAGGCUGAACUCGACUGCAGAGUCGAUGGACGAGACGCCCGAUCCCGAUUCCAUGAUGACAACCGAAUCCCCGAUGGCGACCGGAACCACGCCAAAUUCUUCGCUCCCACCCGAGUCCCGCGAAGCUCCUUUCAAAACUCCAUUUCCGCCCACGAUGGCCAUGUCACUGGAGCUGUACAACCUGGCCUCUGAGUACAACGUACCCGCCCUUCAACUACUCGCUCUAGAGCGCUUCCACAUAGCCGCCAAAGACCGUUGGAUCCCUUCCUGGGAGGGUGCUACCUGGGAUGAUACGAAGGAGUUUGAAGACGUUGUCCUUGACCUCUACAAGAUCAAAGACGACCAGCCCAUGUGGAGGGUUAUGAUCCUGCUGAUCAAGGCAAAAGCUUCGACUGGGGAUGAUGUCCUGAAGCGUCGGAUGCGCGAGGUCGUGAAGGAACACCAUGAUCUUGCUGAGUGUCGAGAGAUAGUCUGCGGGUAG